AUGAGAGAACCAGACAAUAUAGAGCUUCAGCAUCUCCACGAGCCUGAGGUAGAAAGUACUUCAGACAGAAAGUGGUCACUUUCAAGAUCACAGAUUUUAUUAAUACUAUUGCGUUUAGGGAUAAUCAGUGAUGAAGUGUACCGUCGUGGAGAUUAUCCCAUACAAGCAUUGCCAGAAGGGGCAGAGUACAUUAUUGAAAUUAUCAACCGCAUGGAUGUAUCCGAGGCGAUAGAGAUCUUGCGGAACGCGUUAGUUGAGCACAAAAAUGAUGUCAAUUUCUUGCAGGAAGAUUACCACUUGUUGGAGAGACUCGUACAUUUAAUUCCACAACACGAGGGGGAAGAAGAGGAUAAAUCAAGCAUAAACUCUGAUGAGAAUAUUUCACACGAAUUUAACAAGAACAAAACCUACUUGCACAUCUCAGAUUGGUCGUUGCAGAGUCGAUUGGAGGCUACAUUAAUCCACUACCAUUCGCCAUAUCCGGAAAUUAGAGCCAUCACUGACCCAAUAGACGAUACAGAGAUUUUCGUUGAAACGUUUAGAUGUUAUUUUAUUGGUUUCUUCUGGACCCUUGUAGGGUCCAUCAUCAAUAGUUUUUUUGUGCAUAGAAUGCCAAAUAUAUCAUUGAGUUCUCACACGAUACAGAUACUACUUCUUCCUUGCGGGAAGCUAUGGGAAAAGACUGUCCCAAACAUGCGAAUAUCAAUUGCGGGCAUAUCAUUCGAUCUUAAUCCCGGCCCUUGGACUUACAAGGAGAUGAUGUUGAGUUCCAUUAUAUACCUGUGUUCGGCAGGUGUGCCAUAUCUGAUUUAUAAUAUUUUUGUUAUGAAAUUAGACAGAUUUUACGGCUUAAAGUGGGUUACGGUUACGUUUCAAGUACUUUUGACUAUCUCCACUCAAUUCUUGGGCUUUGGGUUUGCCAUGAUUAUGAAAAAAGUUUGUGUAUAUCCAAGCAAAGCUCUUUGGCCCACGAUAUUGCCAACUAUUGCACUCAAUCGGGCACUAAUGAACGAAGAUGCCAACAACAGUGUGUACGGUUGGAGAAUAUCACGAUUUGGCUUUUUCGUUGUCGUUGGUGUGGUUAGCUUUUUUUACAAUUGGAUACCCAGCUAUUUGUUCAAAGCUUUGUCAACAUUUAACUGGCCAACUUGGUUUAAUCCGUCACUGAUACAUCUAGUAAAUAUAACGGGUACAAUUACAGGACUAGGGCUCAAUCCGUGGCCCACAUUUGAUUGGAAUAUUUUGGACGCUGGUGGUUGUUUGACAAUUCCAUUCUACACGUAUGUAAACCGAUACAUUGGGAGCAUUAUCGGGUUUUUUGUGAUUGUCAUUGUCUACUACUCAAAUAAUUAUUUCACUGCUUACUUUCCUAUAAACUCAAACAAACUAUUCAACAACAAGGCAGAAAUUUACGACGUGCACCUGAUAUUGAAUGAGAAAAGUCAAUUUAGUGAUGAUAAGUACCAGCAAAUUGGCCCUCCAUAUUUCUCAGCAGCAAACUUGGUUCUAUACGGUGCUCAUUUUUGUCUUUACCCAUUCGCCAUAUUGUAUCAAUUUGUCACUGAAUGGGACUCAAUGAAGGCAAGCUUUAUGAGCGUGUGGAUUUCAUUUAGCGACGCAUUUAAAUCCAAACACAGCGAUGGCCCCUAUGGAAGGUACGCUGAUGAUCCGCAUUGCAAAAUGAUGUCAAAGUACGAAGAUGUGCCAGAUUGGUGGUUUAUUGCCAUAAUUGUGACUAGCACGUUAUUUGCAGUUGCCGCCGUUUUGUUUUACCCAACUGAAACCCCAGUAUGGGGAAUCUUUUUCACUAUAUUGAUAAACUUUGUGUUUUUGAUCCCUUUGACUUCAAUUGCUUCUACAACAGGAUUCUCGUUUGGUCUCAAUGUCUUGGUUGAGUUGAUUGUGGGGUACAGUAUACCAAAUUCUGGAAUAGCAUUGAUAACUCUUAAAGCAUUUGGAUAUAAUAUCGACAGUCAAGCUAGCAAUUACAUCACAGAUCAAAAACUUGCCCAUUAUGCAAAAAUUCCCCCAAAAGCCAUAUUCAAGGGACAAUUGAUAUCCACAUUGAUAAAUAUCAUUGUCUCACUUACAGUUGCUAACUGGCAACUUGCAAAUAUACCAGACAUUUGCGAUGCACAUCAAAAGGACAAAUUGAGCUGUCCUGGAGCAAACACAUAUUUCUAUUCGAGCAUACAAUAUGGAGAGAUUGGACCUAAAAAGGUAUUUUCUGGACUAUACCCGGUUCUUAAGUGGUGCUUUUUGCUAGGAGUGUUACUUGUAUUUCCCUGUGUUUGGUUCAAAAAGAGAGGUCCGAUAAAAUUGGCAAGAUAUUUUCAGCCUAGUGUAUUGAUUGGCGGUUUCUUGGACUAUGCACCUUACAAUCUUCUGUACUUCACUGGCGGGUUGUAUGUGUCGUACUUUUUCAUGUAUUGGAUAAAGAAAAACUAUUUGUUGUGGUGGGAGAAAUACAACUAUAUCCUAACCAGCGCCUUGUCGGCUGGAGUUGCUUUUAGCUCCUUGCUCAUAUUCUUCACCGUGCAGUACAAUUCGCAUAAACUUGUCUGGUGGGGUAACACAAUUAGCGAACAGGGAAUUGAAGGAGGCCAGCAACUGUCCGUUUGGCUAGAUGCAUCAAAGGCACCCGACGGGUAUGUAGGGAUAAGAAAGGGACACUUCCCAUGA